AUGUCAACCACGAGUCCUCCAAGUACCGAAACCAAGGAUGAUUCAAGCGAAGGCGUCGUUCUGGUCAUGGGAGUUACUGGGGCGGGGAAGAGUUACUUCUUGAACCAGCUCCAGAACCAUAGUGUCAAAGAGGGGCACUCGUUGUUUGCCGAGACCCAGAGCUGUCAAGCUGUCCAGAUCUUUCUCGAUGGCGACGAGUCGCGCAGUAUAACGGUUGUCGACACUCCCGGAUUCGAUGAUACGGAGCGUUCCCCGGCCGAAAUCCUCGCCGAAAUCACCGAAUACCUGGCCGCUCAGCAUGCUUCCGGCCUUCCUUUGCGAGGAAUCCUGUACCUCCACAAGAUCACAGACAAUAAAAUGACGGGCACGUCAAAGUCGUAUUUACGUCUCCUCGAGAGCCUGGUGGGAGAUGACGCCCUCAAGAACGUCAUUCUCGUCACGACCAUGUGGAAUAUGCUCCGCCCGCAGGACCGCAGGCGCGCCCUCCAGCGCGAGCAGGAGCUGCUCGACAACUUCUGGAGUUCCAUGGAGCAGAAGGGAUCCUACGUCGCGCAAUUCGACGGCACCUCAGACUCGGCAUAUGCCCUCAUCUUCCAGCUCGCGGGAAAGGAGAGCGUCGUGCUCGACAUCCAGAAGGAGAUCGUCGACCAGGACAGGUCCAUUCUCGAAACCAAGGCCGGCACAAACCUGAUCCACCAGCUGGAGAAGGACCACGAGACCUACCGGCUCAAGAAAUAUGACGUAGAGGAGCGGCUGGAGAAGGAGCUGCGGGUGCAGCCCCGGAACAAGGACAAGAUACGGGAGCUGAAGGAGGAGAAGGAGGAGGUGGAGAAGAUCCUGCGGAUCAUGGGCGACUCUGUCGAGCGGAUGAGGGUCCGUCCCGGGUUCCCCAUGCGGCAGCGCAUGAAGAAAGCUAUGAAGGAACAGGGGAUGAACGCGGCUGUUGCGCUGGGCGUCGUGCUGAAUGUGACCUUCUUUGUGGUUCGCCUGGUGCUCGGGAACCAGUAG